UAUCGAACAUCGAUGGCUCUCUCGCUGCUACGAAAAUGGAGCUCUCUCUCAGCAUUGAGAGCCGGAGCUCGGACCUUCCGAUCAAACGCUGCGUUGGAGGCCCUCGUCAAAGCUUCGGAAGACAAAGUCCCCAACUUAGUGCUCUACAACUACCCGUCCUUCUCUGGAGCCUUCGCGGCUCUCUUCGCCCACCUCUUCCACUCUCGCCUCAAUCUUCCUUGCCUCAUUCUACCUUUCUCUUCCGUUGAGCCUCUCAGGGUUGAAGAUUUAUACGUUGAAGGGCUUGAGAAGUGCUAUCUGAUUGACUUUCUUGGUCCAAAAGGAUUUGCCAUGAAACUUGCACGGCGUUCGUCAUGCGAGGUAAUAGGCUUUGAUCACCGAAAAUCAGUACUUGCACAGAUUCCUUCCGCUGAAGAUCAUCCUGAUAACCUCACAUUUCAUAUCGAUAUUGAGAAGAGUAGUUCUAGUGCUGUAUAUGAAUACUUUUCUGAUAAGCUUGCAGAUAUCGGAUGUCCUGAUAGGGUGGUUGCAAGUUUGUUGGACCCAAAAGACCGAGAUCGUGUUGAAACAAUUCUUAGGUAUAUUGAGGAUGUAGAUCUUCGACGAUGGAGCUUAGCAGAGAUCAGAGCAUUUAACAUUGGACUUAGUGAAUGGCGCUCAAAGUUGAACUGUAUCACUAACCCAUACGUGUAUGAACAGUUACUGGACUUAAGUUCUGUGGAUUUAAUUGCUAAGGGAAAUUCAUAUAUUUCCUCUCGCCAGAAUGCUGCGAAACAAUUGCUGGAUAAUGUUUUCAAAGUUCGAUUGGGCAGGGGAUUUUAUGGGGAGUGUCUGGGAGCUAGAGUGGAUGGAAAUUCCGAGUUGAGUGAUGAAAUUGCCAAGCAACUUAGUGUAAAAAGUGCUGCAGCUGGUCUAAGGCCUAUAGGAGCUGUUGUAUACAUGCAACGAUAUAAUCUUAAAAUGUGCUUGAGGAGUACUGACAGUGCCACUGAUACCUCUGAAGUUGCUAAGGCAUAUGGUGGAGGAGGUUCUCCAAGUUCUAGCUCCUUCAUUAUAAGGAUGGAUGAGUAUAACCAGUGGCUUUCAGUGAAUUCAACGAGAGCAUGUCAAGGGUUGUAUUUUCGGUUGAAAUGGGAUGGUGUUCAAACUCUUGAAAUGCAGUCUAGGCAGCGGGCCUCCCCUUUCUGACUGGACUGACUUGUCGAAGGGUCAAUCCCCUCUGGAGCAUGCAUAGAGUGGCGCUUGAAAACGGGCAAGUUUACAGGUUGCUGGUGUGAAAUCGGAGGAGACUGGACUUGGAUAAAAGUAGGUAAUAAGGGAAGGGAUUGCAGGAGUUGGCAGGCAAGGGAGAAGGUUGUUUGCCGUUUCUGGGGUCCCAUACCAAUGUUGCGUUGUUACAACCUUCCUUCCACAAGGAAUCGUGUAGCCCUUGAUAUGCGACUACUUGCAACUCUGAUAUUAUAUACAUUUCUGCUCUUAGUAGAAAAGAAAGGAAAUUGUAAUUCCUAGACGUGCCUAAUUUUUAUCAAUCUCCAAUUUUAUAGGAAAAGUUAGGUCUAAAACAGAUGCUUGAUUUUUCCAAUAUUUUCCUUGAAUGAUCUUAAUCCCACUAUAAUCUAUACCAUUUUCUA